AAGCACCCUAGAAAUACUACGGAGUAUAUAAUUGGUUAGAUGUGCUCCUGACUCACUCCCUCUAUAGUCUAUACUCCGUGUUUUCUUUGGGUAGCCCUAGCGGCGAGGGAGCGACUCAAGUUUCUCUAUCUCCCCUAGGGAUUUCAGGACCGUAAUCUCUCUCCACCUGAAGGUGAUCAUGUCGACGACAAGACUUCCAUCCGCUUGCAUGUUCACAAUGGCCCCUCCGAAAUCCAUCGCCCAACCGAAAAUUGCAUUCUUUAAGAACCCGUCAUCCCCGGGUUCUGUAGAGAGGAGGACAUCAAUAUCGUUUGGUGGCUUGAAAGUUGACCGUUUCAGAGCAAACAGCUACAAGAUCAAGCUGGUUGGUCCAGAUGGGCAAGUGAAUGAGUUCAAAGCACCUGCUGAUACUUACAUCCUGGAUGCAGCCGAGGAAGCGGGAGUCGACCUGCCCUAUUCUUGCCGGGCAGGUGCGUGCUCCACGUGUGCGGGCAAGAUUGUGUCCGGGUCGGUUGAUCAGUCCGAUGGAUCUUUCCUUGAUGACAACCAAAUGAAAGAGGGAUACGUGUUGACUUGCGUUGCCUACCCGACUUCGGAUUGUGAGAUUCACACCCACAAGGAGAGUGAUCUGUACUAGGUAUAAUUACAUUAUGCUAUUCGACUCGAACUAUUGUGGUCCGGUUCUGGUUUGAUUCGGUCAUUCGUUGUUCUUUCAACAUGGUCUAUUUCGAGUGACUUUCUGCAAUGCUGCCCAUUAAAAUCCCAUACUUUUUCAGUACUAAAACUGCUCUUCUUGUAGCAUAAUUGUCUUCAUGGUUUCAUUGCUUGUGGGAAUAAAUAGAGCUUCAAAAUGAAUAUACUUUUGUUCAUCUCCCUAUAUGGAGCAGUGAUUUAGUUUCUUUCUUCCCUUUUUCUGUUUGUUAUUGUUUUGAUCCGCCAGUAAAUCUGCAAAUCAAAU